UGGAGGAGGACCUGCGCUCUCCAGGUGGCGCAGCGGCUUCGUGCGGCGCCUCAGUCUCGGCUCAGUCGCUGCUGGAGCUGAAGGCGAUGAAGAGGAUCUGACCUCUCAGCUGUUCACUCAUCUUCCACAGUUUGGAGCGUGAAGAAGUCAUGAGUGGAGUCACGCUGUGGGCGGAGGAGGCGGCGGAGGAGGCGCAGGCGGUGCCCCGCUGGUCGGAGGAGCGCUGCGAGGAGCUGUGGGACCGCGUGGAGGGCGUCCGGCACAAGCUGACGCGCAUCCUCCACCCGGCCAAGCUGACGCCGUACCUGCGCCAGUGCAAAGUGAUGGACGAGCAGGACGAGGACGAGGUGCUGAACUCCACGCAGUACCCGCUGCGCAUCAGCAAGGCGGGCCGUUUGCUGGACAUCCUGCGCGCUCAGGGCCAGCGGGGUCUUCAGGCCUUCAUGGAGGCGCUGGAGUUCUACCACCCGGAGCAGUACACGCAGCUGACCGGGGAGCAGCCCACGCACCGCUGCUCCCUCAUCCUGGAUGAGGAGGGUCCGGAGGGUCUGACCCAGUUCCUGCUGCUGGAGGUGCGUAAGCUGAGGGAGCAGCUCCACAGCAGCCGCCUGUGCGAGCGGCGCCUGUCCCAGCGCUGCCGCAUGGCGGAGGAGGAGCGGGGCCGCGCGGAGCGCAAGGCACAGGAGCUGCGUCACGAGCGGCUGCAGCUCCACAGGCUGCGUCAGGACUGCGAGUCGGCCAGCCGAGAGCUGGGGAAGCUGAAGGAGCGGCACCUGGAGCAGGCCGUCAAGUACUCCAGGGCCUUGGAGGAGCAGAGCAAAGCCUCCACGCGGGAGCGAGAGCUGCUGAGCCAGGUCGAGGAGCUCAGGUCGAGGCUGACGGAGGCAGAGAAGCAGACCAUCGCUCACUCCAGGGAUUCGACGAGGCUCAAAAGCAGCAGUUUGCGUUUGAAUGGAACCAAAGGCUUGCCGCCUCUGCUACCAGACAAACCUGUGGAGCACUGGGCGAAACCGAAAGCAGACGAGACAGGAAGUCCAAGCAGGGACUCGGUUCCUGCCAGCGGGGUCAUAGCUCUGAUGGACAUCCUGCAGCAGGACCGCAGGGAGGCUGCAGAGCAGAGGCAGGAGCUCUGUGACAUCAUCACCAAAGUCCAGACGGAGCUGGACGUGAGCGAGGACGUCCGGGACAAGCUGGAGGCCCAGUGUGAGCAGCUGCAGCUGAAGGUCAGGACUCUGCAGCUGGACUGGGAGACGGAGCAGAAGAGGAGCGUGUCCUACUUCAACCAGAUCAUGGAGCUGGAAAAGGAGCGAGACCAGGCGCUGCGCAGCCGGGACAGCCUGCAGCUGGAGUACACCGACUGCCUGCUGGACAAGAACCAGCUGCGCAAGCGCAUCGCCUCGCUGCAGGCCAGCCUGGAGCAGCAGCAGCGGGAGCUGGAGAAGGAGAGCGAGCGGAGCCGGGGCAGCGUGGAGCAGAGCGCCUCCUGUCUGCACUGCUCGCACCUGUCUCUGUGCAGCGAGGACCAGUGCUACGGGCCCUGCUGCUCCCCGGACCUGCAGCACAGCAGCACCCACCAGCUGCUGAGGAAGCCGGCGCCCCCUGGAGGCCGAGCGGAGGAACACGCCGAGGAUCACGCCGCGGACCACAUCCUGUCAUCAGCGGAACAUAACGAGAAGGAGAUCAACCGUCUGUCCACGUUCCCCUUCCCUCCUUGUAUGAACUCCAUCCAGCGCCGCUGCCACACAGAGUUCGACCUGGACUCCUGGGGCAGUGAUGAGAACGAGAACAUCGCAGACGAGCACGGGGAACCUUCCCUGUCCGACUCCUGGACCUCUCUGCACUCUCACCUUUUCCCCCUGGACCUGGUCAACCUGCCUGCGACGUCUGCGCGCCCGCCCGCUACCGGCGUCUGCAGGGCGCCCCCACGCUCCCCGUCGGCCAGUCCGCCCACCCUGUCCAAGCGCAGCAGAGGCAGCCUGGCCGACGACGUCACCGUGGUGGGCGGGAGCCGGACCGGGAUCUUUGUGAGCCACGUGAGGGCCGGGUCGCCGGCGCAGCAGUGUGGCCUGAAGGAGGGCAGCGAGCUGCUGGAGCUGGAGCGGGUUCUGUUCGGUGGGGGCAGCGUGCUGCUGGGACAGUGCACCGCUGAGGUGGCCCACUUCUCCCUGCAGUGGUGGACGGAGCCUUCCACGCUCAGACACCGGAGCAGCCCGGAGGCGUACGCGAAGCUGCGCUCCGAGCUGUCCUCGACCUCCUUCGCCGGUCCCGACUCCUUCUACGUGCGCGUCAACCUCGACAUGGAGCCUCACGGCGAGCCGCCGUCUCUGGGCGUGUCCUGCGAUGACAUCAUACAUGUGACGGACACCAGGUACAACGGGAAGUACCAGUGGCGCUGCUCCCUGAUGGACCCGAGCACGGCCAAGCCCACGCGGACCGGAACCGUGCCCAACUACAACAGGGCACAACAGCUGUUACUGGUGAAGCUGCGGAAAAUGGCGCUGGAACAGAAAGACAAGAAGAAGAUGUUCACGAAGAAGGCAACGGGUCGCGUUCGACUGGUCAAAGCCGCGGAUCCCAGCUGCCGCACGCAGCAGCUCCUGUACACGCUCAACAAACGUCACGAGGAGCACUUGAUUCCGUACAGCCUGGUGCACCCGGUCCAGGUCCAGAGCAGGCGGCCCGUCAUCUUCUCCCCCUCGCUUCUGUCCCGCGGCCUCAUCGAGAGGCUGCUGCAGCCGUCGCAGUCCGGGCUGAACUUUAACACCUGCCCUCCAGAGCCCAUCCAGGCUUCAGAGAUGCAGGACAAGGCCGUGUUCCUGUUGGACUCCUGCAGUCCGGACCAGGCCUUGGGCGUGCGGCUGCACUCCAUCCAGGACGUCAUCAGCCAGGACAAGCACUGUCUGCUGGAGCUGGGGUUGCACAGCGUGGAGGGGCUGCUGAGGCAGGGCAUCUACCCCAUCAUCAUCAACAUCCGCCCCAAGAACAAGAAGCACAAGAAGCUCAGGAAGUUUUUUCCGCGGUGCGGGGAGGACACCAUCAUGGAGGAGAUGUGCCAGGCCGAGGAUCUGCAGCUGGAGACGCUGCCGCUGCUCCACUACACGCUGGAUCCCAGCACCUGGAGCAGCAGCGACGAGCUGCUGGUGGCUCUGAGCAACGCCAUCCUCCAGCAGCAGAUCGCCGCCGCAUGGGUGGAGCUGGAGCGGCUGCAGUAGAGGACAGGAGUAAACCUCACCACGGGCACCUGCACAGCUCAGCCCCCUGGAUCUGCUUACUACAAACAUAUAUUUGGCCAUAAAGCCAAGCUGGACUGGCUACAGUGGGAAAAUAUAGGACAUCAGGUCAUAUUUACCUUUUAGUUAUGUGUUUUAUCAAAGCUUCAUUUUCUGUAACUGUAUUGUAUAACUUUUGAAAAUACUAGAAUCUUAACUUAAGGCACCAAUGAUAUGAGCCAUAUGGAUCGCUGGUGAUUGUGUUACUGGUAUAUAUAAAAUGUAUAACUGGAGCACAUGCUAUUUCUUAGAUACACUACAUUGUACAACAAGCUGUAGUUCACUGUGGAAAAAUGUUUGUAAUCAUUUUCUAACAAUUAAUACAAAAAGACCAUAAAAUA